AUGCCUUUCUCAUUCCCAAAACUCCCAUUAGUGGUCCAACUCGAAGUGCUAAAGCUACUUGAACUCGAAGAAGUAUUCUUGCUCAGUUUAUGCUCAGAAAAAAUGAAAAUAGUGGUUCAGUGUCUCAACAUGAAGCCAACGAACUUAAUGUAUUUAUUUUGGGAGAAUCAAGUUGUAGCAGUAGCGAAAAAUGAAUAUGAGGAAAACGAUAUUUGCCAUCCGAUUGCACACUUGGAGUUUGUUCCAGCCAUCCCUACUGAUGAGAUGAAACCGAUGAAGUUAGGAGGGAACACAAUUAGUUGCAGGUGCAUCGCAAAAGCUGUUGAAAAUAAAUUUUCCCACUCAUUACACUAUCUUGCACUAGAAGAAAUUAAUGUUCUUGAAUCCCUCCAACGACAUAUAAAAGACCUGUUUCGAUUCAAGCCUCGUGUUCAACUGGAGUUCACUUCCCUUCGUUAUAUAAACAUGUCUCGUAUCAUCGAUGACGUCACCGACACUACUUUUGAUGUAGAAGAAUUGGAUACAGAGCAACUUGAGAACUAUCUAACUAUUCAUCCAGGGCAGGAUAGUCUUGUACUGGGGACAAAACUCACUGGACCACUGUUGAAAAGCGACUCGAAAUUGUGUUCCAUCAAAGGGUUAGGAGUUCAUGGAACACGAGAUAGAGGUGUAGUAGAUCCAAUUGAGGCUCAUCAAAACCCCCGCUCACAAUUUUCGGAAAUUAUUAACAAUUUCGGUGGAGAAUAUAUUUUCUUUCUCCAUGUUGUCCAUAAUGAAAAGGAUUGGACGCAACUAAUCCGGAGAUGGAAAAGCAAGGAGGCAUACCAAAAAUUGAAACAUGUUGCCUUAACGACACCCAGGGGAGUCUCUUUAACAUUUGAGCAUACUAUGCGGCAAUUUGAUUUCGUUGAGUGGGAUGGGCAGCGGAGACCGCGGACAGUCAAGUUGGAUCCAAAAAUUGUCAAUCUCCAAUUAAACUCUUCUGAAGAUAUUGACUGCUCCGAGUGGAUGGACAUCCAACAGGACGGGGGCGGCAAAUGGGCUUCUAUUAUAUCGUCAGAGACUGAUAUCAGGUUUCUUGUCUGGGACUGA